CCGCCCACUGCUCACCAGAACCACCGCUGCCGGUGUCAGGCGUCCAUCCUCCCCUGCCACUCCCAGCUCGUUAUACACGUCGCCAUGCCCGCCGCUAGCAGGACCAGGGUCACCCAGCAGCCCCGCCCCCGCGAAAGAGGCGCCCACGCCGGCCUUCGCCUCCACCUCCCGUCUCCGACGGCGGCGCCACAAGGUCGGUCCUCGUACCGUGCCAUCGCCUUCAUUUCCUUUUUACAAUAUUAGAGCCAUCUCCAAUACAUUACUUAUCUCUCUCUAAUAUAAAAAAUUUAUCUUUUUAGUAUUGUAAGGUGCUCGAACAUAUUACCAAUUACAUUCCCAAUACUAAAAAUAUUUUUUAUAAUUACCAAAACACAUCUUUCUCUUACUCAAAUAUAGGGGAUUCCUCCCGCUACCAUAUCCAUUGAGUAAUCUGCUACAACACUGGCUAUCAAAAAUAUAAAAAUAAUUAUUGACAAUGGAGAAAAAAUAUAUAUGGUAUGAGAAAUAAAUAAUCUACUGGAGAUGUAUAUUAUUAUUAUGGCAUUGCAUGCAUCAUCAUACCAUGAUUCUGACAUUGCACAUUAUUUAUGUUAACCACUUGGAGGACGAAUCCACGCUGGAAAUGUGCUUGCAUUACUUUAGUUCAUCAAAAUGCUCCAUCCUCUAAGCUGUUGGCUACAAGUAAUUAUGAACUUGUUAAUUACCAUAAUUCAACUUGUUUAGGUAGAGAUUGUUGUUUACUAAAUUAUACUCAAGUUUUAAAUUUGAAUAAAAUUCAAAUGAUAAUCUUUGUUAGCUUGAAGCCUUUCAGAUAGGACUAGGAGCAGCUUAACCCUGAUGCUGAGGUUCCACACUCGAAGCCGGUAGAUAGGGUUUCCAUGUCCUUUAAGCUCUAGUUAAAAUGAAAGGCAUGUUCAGUUCUGUGCAGAUUGAGAAAGAAAAAUUAAGUUGAGAGCACCGUUGCGCGCAAGCAUGCUGCAUUAGUUCAUUUGAUAGUAUUAUAUAUGCUGCUCGUGCUCUACAAUAUGUAUGUGUAUCAACAGCAGUAUGCACAGUAUGCUGCUUUAGUCAUAAUAUAUAUAGUGUUCUAUUAUACAAUGAGUGAGAAUUCGUGUAUAAUCCUUACCCUGUUGUUCUAUUGUAGAAAUGACUAGAUAUAACCAAAGUUUACCUUUUUAACCCCCAGACUAGGGAGCAAAUAUUAACCAAAAGAUCAUCCUUAUUAACCAUCUUGGUAAUUUAAGAGCAUUUUUAAUCCUCAGACUAGGGAGCAAACAUUGACCAAAAGGAUCAUCCUUAUUAACAUCUUGGUAAUUUAGGAGCACAUACGCUAUAGCCUUAUAUGUAGUCUCUAAGUGAGAAUUAGCUAGAAAAUAGUAGUGCCGUAUAAAAUUAUAAAAACAUAAAUUACCAAGAGAUCGACUACCUAGGUGCCAAAUCAUAUUUCUUAGGUACUUCAACUGAACUUAGAAGUAUUAGCUACUCUAGGUGCCAUAUCAUGCCAAUCUUUUUUUUAGAAAAUGUCAACUUUAUUUGUUGUUUGCAUAAUCUUUAUGGUAGGGUUGCAUACAACUAAUCAUUACUUUUUCUAAAUUUAUUUUGACGCCUCUCGUUUAAAUAUAACUGUAGUAUCUAUUUAUGUCCAUAUACACAUUGACCCUAUACACACACCACACUCACACCGCUCAAACUCAACCAGACCUACAACUAACUACACUUCCUAAGUAAGUUUUUCAAUGUUCUACGGCUGUUCUACUGCUUUGACGUUAGUUUAUCAAUGUUCUACUACUUUGUUCAAUAAAUAUAUGACGUGGUGUAAAGGUUUUAUGCAAUGGAUAAUAAACUAGUCCAUGUUGUUGUUGUAUUUCUGGGUCAUGACAAUUGUGUUGUAAAUCUCCACAUUAUACUUAUAAGUGAAUCUAGUAUUGCAAAAUGAAAAAGGAGAAAAGAAUCCUUGUUACUGAUUGUUAACGUGUGCUUUGAGUAGUCCAACGCUCUACUCUUAUGUAUUCCGUUUUUUCGUUAAAAAAAAUGUAUUCCGGUUUGUUCCAUCAAAUUUUAAUAUGUGUUUAUUAACUUUUGAAAUUAUAAUAUUUUUUAUUGCAUAAGAAAAGAAGAAAAAAUUUGGUUUUACGCCACAUAGGAUGGAAUCAGACUAUCUUAUAAUCUCUUGUUUAAAUCGAUUGGUUCUCAGCUAGUUCAUACUGGUCUAAUUGCAUGGUCUGUCUUGUAGUGGAACCAAAGUGGUAAUAAUCUUUUAGUCAGUACAUGGAGUGUAUGAAUUUUCUUGAAUGUAGAUAGAUAAAAAAAGAUAAUUAAAAGAUGGGAAUAAAUUACUAAUAGCACUCUUGGAAAACAGACACCAAUGGAACAUCUCUACCUAUGGACCACUUCAAUGAUAUCGGACUACCGGUGCUGCCACGCAACACAUGCAUGACUAUGCAAGCAAUAAAAAAUAAUAAAUUAAUUGGACCAAAAAUUCAAGUUCCUUUUGGAUCUUAUUUUCUUGUUGAUCAACAACAAUCAUCAGCAUAUCAUAUUAUCAUACUAUUGCCACAUUCGAGUUCUUUACAAGUUUACAUGUACGUUAAAGUACAACUUUAUCCUACUUCUAUCAGGAUUAUCACAUUCUCAAGAUGUAUUAUCUACCUUAUUUGUUUUCUCUUCUUUUCUUGAUUAUAUCAGGGUAUACUUUCGAUUUUUUUCUGCUACUAAUAUAGAAACGUGUACUGCACCGCAAUUUUCAUUAAAAAAACAUUCCAACUAUGUCGACAUCAUUAGCUACCACCGCAUCUUCCUCCAUUGUCCAUUUCCCAUCCGGAAGGUAGUAGAGCUUGGUGCGCCUUACUGGCCAGAGAAUCAACCUUCUCCCGUGCCUUUUCAGGUCCUAAUUACAAAUAUGAGCAUUUAAUGUCACCAUCUCUUCGUUCACUCUCAUAUAUUAGCUAUCUAGAAAUCCUUCCAGACUGGUUUGCCAAUUCUCUUAGCUUCACCACCAUUUGUUCCAAGUCUGGUCCCUUCUGCACCGGAUACAGAGGGCUUGAUUGGUUGGAUUCUAAAAUUUAUCGCACCUAAAUUAGGGAAGGCCAAAAUAUUAGCAUGCCAAAACUUUGGUAAGAAUUUUAAAAUAAUAUUUGGUUCAGUGGGCUACUUUUAUGGACUCCAACCAAACGCGUGCCAAUUUUAUGGGCUUGCGUUAGUUUUAGGAUGGCAAAUUUUUGAAUCUCGAAGCAGACCUAGAAUUUCCAACCCUAAGCUAAGCAUGCAAUUGUGUACGUUUAGUAAUCUUUCUAUCUGGAUCUUUUCAUUGACCAUUUCGAAGUAAAAUUCAUUUCUCAAUUUUAAAGCCCUCACAAGGCUUUCCAAUGCGUUUGCAAGCAAAUACUUAUUUUGCUAAGAGAAAGUUUUCCGAUAGUUACAAAAUCUACACCAAAACUAAUUUUUAGAAAUUAUCUUGUAUUACAAUUUCUUCUGUUUUGGGGGCAAAAUGAAACCUUAAUGGGCCUGUUAAGUGCUUCAAAUAAGGUGACAGCCUAGCUAUCUUUAGCCCAGUUUCCUCUCUAGACCUUGUUUGAUUUGAAGAGAAUUGGAGGAGGUUGGAGGGGAUUGGGAGGAAUUAAAUCCGCAACAAGAUAAAAUUACUCUCGUUCCCCUCCGAUCCCCCUCAACCCCCCUGGCAAGACCGAAGAAAGACCGCAGUGGGCUGUAUUCCCAGCACACAUGUGCAUAUCCUAUUGAAACUCCCAGCACAUCUAUUUGUAUCAAGCUCCACUACUGCACCCACGCAGCAAUCACCCGCCGAAAUCCUUCCAGAAAAUCCAGGAACGCUCAGGGCCGGAAGGUCGGAACUCGGAAGGAGGAGGACAGCCAGCCACGCAGACACCGGGCACCCGCACCACGUUUGCGUCCAAGUGAAGCCAGCACCCGGCUGGCCUUCUCAGGCUGCUCCGCCGGCCGGUGACCCCAUCGACCGCCUGCAUUGACGUGCCCGCUCCACCAAUCAGCGCCUCGCACAUUCACUCCUCGGCCCCAUGAAUUCGCUUGCCUUUCAUCCCUGCUGCCCGUCAGCGCUGACGCCCGCCUCCACCUCCGCCCCCGUCACCACUGACGCCCCGUCGGCGCGUAUAAAGAUUCGCCGCCCGCGCCGCGAAGCUCACCGCAUCGCCGCGCAGAAACCCUCCCGAAUCGUCGCCAUGGCAGCCGCCGCACCGGCAAGCUCCGUCAAGGAAGUGCUCCCGUCUCCCCUGACCUCCGCCUCCGAGCCCCCGCCCCUCUUCGACGGCACGACCAGGUUGUAUGUUGCGUACCACUGCCCGUACGCGCAGCGCGCUUGGAUUGCCAGGAACUACAAGGGUUUGCAGGACAAGAUCAAGAUAGUUGCAAUCGAUCUUGCUGACAGGCCAACAUGGUACAAGGAGAAAGUUUAUCCAGAGAACAAGGUGCCUUCCCUAGAGCACAACAACCAGGUGAAAGGAGAGAGCUUGGAUUUGGUUAAGUACAUUGAUAGCAAUUUCGAAGGCCCAUCAUUGCUUCCUGAUGAUCCUGCAAAGAAGCACUUCGCUGAGGAGCUGCUUGCCUUUACCGAUGCUUUUAACAAAGCACUAUACUCAUCUAUAGUCUCUAAGGAAGAUGUGUCCGAGGAAACUGGUAACAGAAUAGUUCGUGUGUUUGACUUGUUUGAAAAUGUUUUUAUGUUGUAUAAUAUGCUAAUUUUCACAUGCGGAUUCUUGAUACCAGUUGCUGCUCUGGAUAAAAUAGAAGAGGCCCUAGGGAAAUUCAACGACGGCCCAUUCUUCCUCGGUCAGUUAAGUCUGGUGGACAUAGCAUAUGUGCCAUUUAUCGAAAGGUUUCAGAUAUUCUUUUCCAACAUCAAGAACUACGAUAUCACAAAGGGCAGACCCAACCUUCAGAAGUUCAUUGAGGAAGUGAACAAGAUUGAUGCAUACACACAGACUAAACAGGACCCACAGCUUUUGCUUGAGCACACAAAGAAGCGGCUUGGGAUUGCCUGAAGCUUGUGACCAAGGAUGAAAAUCUCGCCAGGUGGCUACCAGCAUAGACUACUUUGUUUACAAACACAUGGCCUUCUAUGCCGUAUGUUAGCCGUGCUUUUAAAACAAACUAGUUGUUCGGGUUUAUAUCAUUUGUAUGUAGUGCAUCGACGUCAGUAUGCUACUUGACAGGAAGAGGAUGUUAUAAUGAUGUGCAAUGUGCUUUGUUAAAUGUUGCUUUGUUCAAUAAAUCAGUGUUCCUCUCCUCUCA